AAAUAAUCUUGAUUUACGUCAUUAAAUAUUCAAAAUUCGGUUUAAGUGAUAUCAUAUUUGAAAUCUACAUGUAAAAGUACAUCUAAAAAUAUGGUUUCCAAAAUUGUUUAUCAACUUUGAAAAUUUAAUAUUUUUUGAAAAUGUGACUUCUAGUUCGGGUUGAUUCCCCAUAGACCCCAUGUUACAAAAUCACAAAAAGUGAAAUAUCUUUUAUUUUAUUGCAUUGGACAGGUAACAUUUUACUUUACUGGACAUAUUUUGAUUUGCAUAACUAUUAGAUAAGUAAGUAUGAAAAUUGAACCACUGAAACAGAUGUAAUUUAAGUUAAAGGGGACUUUCUACUAUACCCGCCAUGCUAUCUGACCCGAACGAGCCACCUGGUGGUGAAACUGGUAACUACCUACUCGCAUCUGCGUUAUUGAUGGAGGUGUAUGAAUGUUAUAUCAAAACAAUGCUUUCUUUUCAGGAAAUAUUGCAGUUGCUGACAUGAUUGUUGGACUGUCAACCAUAGGCGAUUCUAUGUUAGCAUUCAUGGGCUGGACUUCAAUGUAUUCAUGCGCGACAGUAUACAGCUUCAUAGCUCUUUCAUGUACCACAUCAGUAAGCUUGCUAGCAGCACUCGCUACGAACCAAUGUUACGCAAUUGCCUAUCCUAUCCAUCACAGAAAAUGUUUUAAAGUGGAAAAAAUAUGCCUGGUAAUUGGGGUUAUAUGGUUGACCUGUGGAUUAGUAAAUGUGAUUGCCUUAAUAUGUAAUAUUACGUCAAAGAAGGAACAAAUCUUUCCAAAAGAAGGUUGUUUGAUUAGCCUAUCAUUCGACAAAGAUUAUGUUUUGUGUUUUUGUACAUUCCUUAUGUUAUCAUUAUUGUACAUCGUACUCACAUACACAAAAAUCAUUGCAACUGUUAAACGCCAGGCUCACAUAAUUCCAGGUGACAUUGGAAUAAACAGGGAAGUAAAGAGCAUGAAACAUGAACAAACUCUGCGACUAACAAGAAAAUUGAUUGGAGUCAUAUUACUAUUUUUAAUUUGUUGGACGCCAUUUACAAUAGCUGCCCUAAUAUGGGGUACAUGUUCUGAGGUUUAUACUAGAAGAUUGAUUGAAAUUCCAAGUUGUGUAAUUGAACAAACAUUUACUAUUACUGCAGGUAUAGCCCUCACACACUCAUGUAUGAAUUUCCUAUUCUACAUCUGUACAUUCAAGAAAUUUAGAGAGGCUCUUUGUAAGGGAUGGUGUUGUCAUAGAAACCAAAAUGGUACAAAUGGUAAUAUUUAGGGUUUAGACAGACUUUAAUUGGUCAGCUGUCGUCAGCUGACAUCAGCUGACAUGUUUUGGCACAAAUAAAAGCCAAUUAUUCAUUGUUAUGCUAAACUAAUUAGUAUGUAAUUCAUAUUUCAGUAUACAUGUAUUGUACUCUAUUAUAUAUAAAAUAAUAGCUUUGUUUAACACUGAAAUAUAUAUGUGGACCUAAAUAUUGAUUUGCCUUUUUAUUCACUUAUUGUUAAUAUUAAGCGAAGUCUUAGGAUAAAAAUUUAUUAUUGUUAUAUUAAGCGAAGUCUUAGGAUAAAAAUGUAAAAUGUAUGAAAAUCUGAUUGACUUGGUUUGAUUGUAUACUACUGUUUCUCUCUAAAACUGUAGGUGCACAUUGUUCUCCCAAUGUCAACAUGGAAAAUAGUUUAAUAUUUAAAAAUCUAAAGAUCGCACAUACAAGGUCAAAUCAAUGGUUACUUAAUUUUCCUGGGUCUGCACUCUUACCUUGAAGUGAGGUGCAGAUUCCACCACUAUCACCUGGAACUUGCGCUUUUUUGCAGCACCCU